AUGGCGUCAAUGUGGAUGUCCGACUCUCAAAAAAUUGGAGUAAUUUUCUGCUCCGGAGGAGGCUUCUUCCUCAUCGGCGGAGUGAUGAUGUUCUUUGACCGGGCAAUGCUGGCUAUGGGAAACAUCCUCUUCCUCAUCGGCCUGACAAUCAUCAUCGGACCCCAAAAGACGCUCCUCUUCUUUGCGCGGAAACAAAAGGCAAAGGGCACGGCCGCCUUCUUCGGCGGGCUCGCGCUGAUCCUGCUGCGUUGGCCCCUGAUCGGCUUCUGUGUCGAGCUCUACGGCAUCAUGGUCCUCUUUGGCGAUUUCCUCGGCACGAUCGCUGCCUUUGCGCGGAAUAUCCCAGUCAUUGGACCGUAUAUCGGAACCGCGGUCGACCGAUCUGGAGUCGGCCGCCGGAACGCCGAGUUGCCUGUGUAA